AUGGCAUUAUCAUCUACAUGCAAGAGACUUCUUCGUCUACUCAUCCCAUCGGCCCCUGCAGAGAACGCCUCUCCCCCGCCUCCUCCUACUCUCGCAGAACAGAUCGAGAGAAUAGUUACAAAGAGGCGCCGGCCAUCAUACCUAACCGCCAAGGAAGAGCGCAAUAUCUUCGUCCGAAAGCUGGCCUCAUCACGAGCCCUGAAUGAGAUCCAGAUCAACGUGAUCGUGACGGCUCUGGGCGAGAAGUACCCGACCGUGGAAUCGCUGCUUGUCGCCGUCCGCUUUAGAAAGGGUCAAUUUGCGACAUUCUAUCCGAGUACGACCGGCAAACGAUUCUAUCCAUAUGACUACCCCAGGCGGCCGGGCCCAAGAGUCUACGAUGGACUCAGACCGUCUCCCGAGGAGAAGAAGCUCUUGGGGACACUGUACAAUGGGGGGGUGACAGACGAGUGGCUGGCGAAAGACUUCGUCGCCCCUUUACGGGAUGCUGCAACCGACUACGAGUUCGAGGAGAAUAGUUGGUGGCAGGCGAGAGGGUAUCAUUGCGAAUACCACUAUCUGAAUCAGGUCUGGGACGAAGAGAUCACGCGCUGCUAUUGUGGUGGCCGAAAUAUCAAGAGCUGGCGUUGGGAAUGGUCUGGAGAGGGAUACAGGAAUGGAGAGGAGUACAUGGCACAAAAGUCCCAAGAAAGAGGGUCUAAGGGAAGAGUGCUUGAACAGGAUAUAAGUAUCAUUCAGUAUCUUGAUGGCUCCAGGUGGAACGCUCCCUUUGGUAUGGGAUCUCCUAAGGCCUAG